AUGGGUUCCGAAAAGAUAGACGAGAAGCGCUCAGAACAUUCACCUGACACGCGCAUUGAUAACAUCAACUAUGAAAAUCCUUCCUCAUCAUCACAAGAUGCGAUCGAACAACAAAAGGCAGCAUCACAACCUUCCGGCGUCCUAGGUAUCUUCUCCAAGCUCGGUAAUCUGCCAGAAUGGCACGUUCCCGGCGCUGGUCUCCUCCAAGGGAAAGCGUUGAACAACGCCAUAGCAUGGUGCUCUUGUCUGGCAUUUCUCAUGUUCGGUUAUGACCAGGGAGUUUUGUCCGGCGUCCUCACUCUCGAUGGCAAUAUCCUAUCCGCAUGCGUCGCGGUGUAUCAGAUUGGAUGUUUCCUCGGCGCCGUUCUGAUUCUGUUCUACGGUGAGGUCUGGGGAAGGAAAAGCAGUAGCUUCUGGGGCAGCUUCAUCAUGAUUGUUGGAACAGUUCUCCAAGUGGUUGCGGGAGGUACUAGUGGUGGUGGAGUCGACGGGUACGCCCUACUGUCCAUUGGUCGUGUGGUCGGUGGCAUUGGCAACGGCAUGGUCACAGCGACCAUCCCGACCUGGCAAUCUGAAUGCGCGAAACCGGAGAAGCGUGGACGCUUGAUCAUCACAUCCGGAGCAGUCAUCGUCGCAGGCGUAAUGAUCUCGUACUGGGUAACUUACGGAUUCUACUUUCUGCCAUCGGGCGAGGUCUACAGCUCCGUGCGCUGGAGGUUUCCCAUUGUCUUCCAGUCUUUCUUCACUAUUCUCGUCAUGAUCGGUCUUUGCUUCCUGCCCGACUCGCCAAGAUGGCUCGUAAUGCGUGGCCGCCACACUGAAGCCCGACUCCUACUCGCUCGCCUCGCCGGUACAUCUGCGGACUCGGAAGAGGUCGAUACGGAGCUCACAAACAUAAAGGAUGCACUGGAAGCGCAAAGUAGGGAUGGCCCAUUCAAGAUGAAGGAGCUUCUGCACAACGGCCCCAGUCAGAACCUUCGGCGUACGCUAUUGGGAGUGGCAUCGCAGUUCUUCCAACAGAUCAGCGGUAUCAACCUCAUCACCUACUACGCAACCUACGUCUUCGAGAACUCACUUGGUUUUGGCCCCGACAUGUCCCGUCUCCUGUCCGCAUGCAACGGUACCGAAUACUUCCUCGCCGGACUAGUCGCAAUUCCAUUGAUCGAACGAGCUGGUCGUCGCAAACUCAUGCUCUUUGGUGCGUUCGGCAUGAUGGCUAGUAUGGCUAUCAUGAGCGGCAUGACGUCGACGGCCACCGAAAACGAAUUUGGUGCUCCGGUCUUAGAGCCUAAGUACGGCAUCACGGCUGUGGUGUUCAUGUUCGCCUUCAACACGUUCUUCGCGAUCGGUUGGCUAGGAAUGACAUGGCUCUACCCUGCCGAAAUCACCAACCUCCGCAUCCGCAUCCAAGCAAACGCGCUUUCUACGUGCUCUAACUGGAUAUCCAACUUUCUCAUCGUCAUGAUCACGCCCCCAGCGUUCGCGAAUCUGCAAUACAACACCUACACCAUGUUCGCGGUCUUCAAUGCCUGCCUCAUACCCAGCGUCUACUUCUUCUUUCCGGAGCCCAAGGGUCGCAGUCUGGAAGAGUUGGAUGUCAUCUUUGCGAGCGCGCAUCAUGAGGGCAUCAAUCCGGUCAAGCAAGCGAAGGAGAUGCCUAAGCUGAUGGGUAGGGAAUUGGACGUGGAGAUUGCGAGGUAUUUCGGUGGUGAUGUGGAGGAGGCGAGGCGGAGGAGUGUAACGAGUGCUGGAAUGAACGCGUGA